UUGAAAUUUACAAACGGUAUGCAAACGUGCAGUGACUGUGACGUAUCCAGGAAGUGAGAGACACAAAUUGAAAGUAGGCCAUAAAAAAAUAAUAAAAAAUAAGCCAGAGAAUGCGGAAAACGAACAUCAUUCAUCAUCAUGGUGUUCAUGAUUAUCGCCUUUUCCCCCCAAUUUUUACUUUUUCAUCAUUAUCAUCGUUUUUGACUUGAGUAAGAGGUGACGUCAUCACAUGAGGUGGAGGAGUGGGCGGAGGCACUUCCAGAAGAAGAAGAAACGGAACUUCAGUGAAUGAAGCUCGACUUCCAGCAGGAGACUCAGAAGGUUUUCCCCAAGAUAAAUGAACAACAUUUGUCCUUUUUCUUUGUUUUUGUUUUUUGUUUUUGCAAGCCUCGUGUGGAGAAGGUCCGUUGGCGGCAGUUUCUCGUCUGCUUUUUGACUUCAUUUCGAUAGGUGUGAGUUCCUGAAUGCGCCAUGGAGGAGGGAAGCUGCUUGGGUUCGUUAUAAAUUAGUCGGGAGCAUCAGAAGUGGAUCUCUGCUCUGACGACUAAAGAAAUACAGUCCAAACUGGGGAAAGUAUUUUCUCAUCCGCUACCCUUUUGGAUCACAACAACUUUCCAAGUGGACUGUGAAGGAGCUUGAAAAGUUUGAUUCCAAGAGUGCAGCCAUGUGCCAUGUGAUUGUAACAUGCCGCUCCAUGUUCUGGACGCUGCUCAGUAUCGUUGUGGCUUUCGCCGAGCUCAUCGCCUUCAUGAGCCCCGAUUGGCUGCUGGGAUUCCCUCGUUCCGAUUCCGGCGUGAACCCCGAUGAAUACCGGCCCUCUCUGGGCCUCUACAGCCGCUGCCUCCGCCUCGCCGCCCGGGGAGGUGGGGUGAGCUGCGGGCCCUACGCCGGCACCUUCUCCGAGGUGGCUAGCGGCUUUUGGCAGGCGGCCAUGUUGUUUCUGGCCGCGGGGAUAUUGGUGCUCGUAGUGGUGGCCUGCAUCUCAAUCUUCAGCAUGUGCUUCCAGAGCAUCCUGAGGAAAAGCAUCUUCAACAUUUGCGGUCUGAUGCAGGCCGUUGCAGGCCUCUUGCUUAUGGUGGGCCUCAUGCUCUACCCCGCUGGCUGGGGUUCCGAGAAGGUGAUGGGCUACUGCGGGGUCGAGGCCUCCCCCUUCAGGCCGGCCUCGUGCUCCCUCGGCUGGGCCUUUUACGCGGCCAUCGGGGGAACCCUGGCGACCUUCCUGUGCUCCGUGUUGUCUGCGCAGGCCGAGAUCGCCACCUCCAGCGACAAGGUGCAAGAGGAGAUCGAAGAGGGCAAGAGUCUCAUCUGCGUGCUGUGACACCACGGAGUCAUCCUGAGCAUGGACUUGUUGAGAUGGGAAGCUGGAGGUGUUGUAUUUCUUUCUUUUAAUUUCUUCAACACUUGCUUUGCGACCUUAAUAAUCCCUGUUUAAAUUGAGACAAAGACUUUGGGGCAUUUGCUGGCAAAGUGCACACCGCUGAAUGAGACUGAGUUCAUCUGCACACUCUAACAAAACCAAACCAAGAAACCUAAACCUGUACAUACCACUGUUCAUGCAAUUUGUUUUAACCCCCCGCCCCCACAUUUACCUUCCCCCCAAGUAUAUAAUGACUUUAAGCUCACAAAACUCUGAAAUUCAGGCAGUCUAUUGAACAAUUAGGUGAAAACGUAUUUCGAGUGAUGAUGCGCCACCUGGUGGCUAGCAUGCUGAAUUACAGCCUCCACAGAAACGUCAUAGUCUUAAUGUUUCAAGAUUUUAAUUCAAGUCUUUUUCAGAUUUCUUCCAUCAACACACUAAAUGUGAACACGAAUCUAUACUGUGAAGUGUGUGUGCGUCUAAUGUUAAAUUUUGGGUGACUCUCAAACCAGUAUUAGGUGAACAAGAUGAUUGUGGUUGUAUUUACAGUGACAUUUAACAGCAGAUCGCAUUCUUAUCUUCGGAGAUGGUUCUUGUAUUGAAUUUCAAUUGGAUCACACUUUGCAAGUGUACCUAAUUUGGUGGUCGGCGAGUAAACAGCAAUAAAUAAACACCGGACAGUAGGUGUCCACUAGAAUAGAUUACGACAUCAUUGUACAACUAAUUCUCUUUCAAACUAAUUAAGAGAAGUCACGUUCAUGUUUGUAGUUAUAUUGUAGAAGUUCCGUGAUUUUUUUAAAAUAUAUUUUUUUGCUCAUAGCGUUAAUAUUGCAUGCUGCGUUGCAGUCGCAAGAGAGCAGUUUGGCUCCUCCACCUAAAUGUGACUCCUCUCCAUACAAGUGUGCCAUGACGCAUUUGAUUGCUCUUAUUCAACACAGAAGGCAAAGGCAUGCAAUUAGGAUUUUGAGAAAGUGAGCGGAGGUGUGGGACACUUUUGUUUGUUACAUUAACAAGAAUCUUUUGGUGAAUGAAUGUAUUGCUUAUGUUAGUAUGGAGAAAUACAGUAUGUAUGAAUAAAUUGCUUGUUAACAUCAGUGCAUUAUUGAUGGAAGCUUGGAACAUUGAGAAUUAAGAUUAAC